AUGAUAGUAGAUCUGAAAUCUUUGGUUGGACAUGGAAGCAAUCUUUCAUUAAAAGAUGAUCGAUUUUCAGUCAACCUGUUUAGUAACUUGAAAGAACUAGUUGUGGAGAGGUGUGGUUCUAUGAGAUUAGUGCCCUUCCAAGUUAUAAGAUCCUUAAACAGUUUGGAAGAACUACAAGUGACAGAUUGUGAGAAGUUGGAGGUGGUGUUUGAUUUAGAAGACUUGAAUGAUUGUGAAGAGGGACAAUCAUCAUCAGUGGUUGUGCCAUUGAAGAAGUUAAUACUAGAGAAUUUGCCAAAACUGAAGAAUGUGUGGAGCAAUCACCACCGAGGAAAUGUCUCCUUCCAAACUUCAAGGCAGAUUGAUUCAAAAAAUCCUCUGCUCUCUCGCAACAAGGAUGAUCGAUUCUCAGUCAACUUGUUUAGUAACUUGAAAGAACUAGAUGUGGGGAGGUGUGGCUUUGUGAUAUUAGUGCCCUUCCAAGUUUUAAGAUCGUUACACAGUUUGGAAGUACUACUAAUGAAUGGGUGUGAGGAGUUGGAGGUGGUGUUUAAUUUAGAAGACUUGAAUGAUUGUAAAGAGCCACAAUCAUCAUCAGUGGUUUUGCUAUUGAAGAAUUUAAGUCUAUGGAAUUUGCCAAAACUGAAGAAUGUGUGGAGCAAUCACCACCGAGAAAAUGUCUCCUUCCAAAGUCUAAGGCAGAUAGAAGUUGUUAAUUGUGGCAGCCUGAUGAGUGUGUUUACUGCAUCUAUAGCCAGAGGCAUGCUUCAUUGUCUUGAACAACUUGUAGUUCGAAAUUGUGCUGAUAUGGAAGUAAUUGUUGCAACAGAUCAAGUUUCAGAAUCUCUUGAUGCUGCAUUUGUGCGUCCUAGGCUGACUUGCCUUGAGCUUAAGCACCUUCCAAAUUUGAGGAACUUCUAUGCACAGAGACACAAAUUAGAAUGGCCCCACCUUCAUAAGUUAUUUAUUGACGAUUGUGAUGAAAUAGAGUUAUUUGAAAAGGAUGUCUCAAGUUCAUCAGAAGUACAUGGGAAAGAGGGUACAAUAGACUCAAAAUAUCCUCUGCUCUCCUGCAACAAGGUUAUUGACACUCUGGAGGAGUUGAAAUUAUGUGGAAAAGAAGCGGAGAUGAUGGGAAGCGGGCAGUUUCCAACGUAUCGCUUCCCCAAAGUGAAAGAUCUUUUUCUAAUUACUAAGAAAGCAACAAUUAUAUUGUACAGAUCAUUGUUGAACUGCUUCCCAAAUUUAGAGCACCUUCAGCUGAAGGGUGAGUUUAAGGAUCCUUUUAGAGGGCAUGAUGUUGCUGCACUUCUUUUUCCCUUUCAAAAACUGACUCUUCGCGAUAUUGCUUAUACGAUAAGCUUGGGACCAUCCUUUGUUUCUUUGACAAUACCAAAUCUCACACAUCUCCAAGUGUUGUCCGCUAGGGUGACCACUUUGCUAACGUCGCUAGCAGCUCGAAGCUUGGUCCAUCUCACACACCUCACAGUUUUACAGUGCAAUCAAAUAGAAGAAAUAAUAGCAAAGCAAGAGGGAGAGGAUGACGAGGACCAGGAUAUUAUUUUCAGCAAACUGGAGCGUUUACAACUUUAUGGCUUGCCAAAAUUGAAGAGAUUUUGUGGCCAUAAUUAUACCUUCAAUUUUCCAUUAUUGGAUGAUGUCAAUAUAGCAUAUUGUGGUCAACUCUCAACAUUCUGUCUUGGAGCUAUACGUACCCCGCGCCUUCAAAGCAUUAAAGUGGAUUUUAAAAAUAAACAUAUUUGGAAGAGCGAUCUUAACGAGACCAUCCAAUAUCAUUUCACUGGUCAACAGGAUGUCGUUAAUAUAUAG